AAUGACAACCUGCGUAGCAUACGAGUCAAGUUACAGAAAACUUAGACGCCUAAGCAUAAACAAGCAAUUAAAACCACAAUCCCACCACUACAAAUAGGUGUUGCACAUCAAUCUCCGGCAAUCUAUUCCCAAAUAAGCUCAGUUCCAAGUGCUGAUAUUGCGAUGGCUCGAGUCCCUAACUCCGUAAACUUCCCAUUCCCGUACUUUCCUCCUUCUCCGCCUCAUUAUUUUCCAGCUCCGCCAAACGUGCCACCGCCCAACAACCAUCCUCCAUCCCCUCCGAAAGGGGCACCACCUCGGCCGCCUACCAAAGCACCUCCACCACCCAAAUUCCCAACUCCUCCACCACCGCGCCAUGCUCCUCCUCCUCCUCCUCCUAUUCCAUCUCCUCCACCACCACCACCACCAUCUCAUUUUGUUCCAUCUCCACCACCACCUCAUAUUGUUCCAUCUCCACCACGCCCCAUUUCUCCACCCUCUCCACCUCAUAUUGUUCCAUCUCCUCCACAUCCCAUCUCCCCACCCUUGCCACCGCCUCCUCCAGGACACCAUUCCAGUGUGAUCAUCAUUGUUUUUGUCUCAAUCGGUGGAGUAUUCUUUCUCGCAUUUCUUGCAGCCGCUCUUUUCUGCUGCAUGAAGAAGAGAAAGAAGAGAAUCAUUCGGGAAACAGAUAAAUUCAAAAUUGAUGAACAUGUUAAAGUCCAAGAAGCCAUUGUACCGGGUCCACAUGGGACACAAACUGUUGUGCUGACGAUCGAUGAGGAUGUGCACAUUGAGGAAGAAAUCAAGAAGAAUGAAGUGAAAGCAGAAAGCUUACAUGUGGGAUCACCAAAAAUCAAUUCUCAGGCUUUGGAAAUGGCAGGAUCCACAUCUGAGCCUACCCAUCAUCAUCAUCAUCAUCGUAAAGAGUGAUUUGCAAGAACAAAUUGAGGACAAAGUGGUACUCCUUGUUACAUUCUUUCUUUUUUUUUUUUUUUUUUAAUAUCAAUUUGCAAUUAAUAAAUUUGUAUUUGAAGUAUCAAAAAUAAAAUGAUGAAUCAUUUUAUGUGUGUCAAACAAUAUCCACACUUACAUCGUCUCUUGAAGAAACAAAUAACGCAAAUAAACAAGACGCGCAAUUUUCAUUUAGAUGCAUGCUGCUAUUCCAUUGUGAAAGUCCUGAGUGAAACUGAUAGAAGCAAAGGGAUUUCAGAGAUACUGCUUAUGAAAUCCUAAGUUUACUUCUCAUCAAGGGUACUUCCACCCAAUCACGUCGACAGUUUUUAUCUGUUCUUUAGAUACUCAGCUGUUUAUAGCUAAUUCCCAGCCCCAGAAACCACAACUAUAUUUCUUAAAAUCCUAUCCUCACAGGAAGAGAGAAUUAAUCAAUUGUCUGGUUAGGAAACCAAAAUUCCUUCUUAGGGGAUGCUUGCAAUAACUUACGCCUUUGUGGUAAAAAAUAAGCUGCAGAAAAAGUCGUAAGUUAGCCGCAACGAAAGAUGGAAAUGUUUGAAACAAAAAUGAAAAGUGGAAAAAAAACAAAAAAACUAAAGCUGGAGUGUUGGGCAAAACAGUUUACUAUGUGUACAAUUUACCAAUAAGCUGCAAAAGUUGGUGGGGAGAAGUUUAUACUUUUAGCUUAAAUAUGCAGUUCAAAAGCACAAACACUAAAUCAAAAGUCUUUUCAAUUUAUUAUCAACAAAAAACUCAUAAACACUUACUCAUAUAUUUCAAACACCCCUUUAGUCCACCUGCACAUCACAUGGAAAGAGGCCAAUAGACACAGAGCAAAGGAAGUGAAUAAAUGAUGUCAACAUUCCUGAGUAUGCAUCUCGACUGUGUAACGUUCUUAAAUACCAGGGAGUUGAUCUUAAUGAAACUAAACUACAUAACUGAACACUUUCACCAUAUGAACCUACUAAACCUCUGAAGAUUAAGUUCGUCAAUUUUCAAGAAAAUUUAACAACAAUUGCUGAUUAAUUACACAAUUCUACAAAGUCAAUACGAUACUUUCAAGCGUUGCUUAACUCAUUUAAUCACAAAACUUAUAUAUAAAAAAUGAUGAGAAGUAAAUAGUUAUUAAACAAGAUGCAGAAUUCCACUACAUCAAUUUUCUUUGGUCGGAACUGUUUGAAUGACCGAUUUUCUUCAAGACAUUUAGUAACAAACUCGACAUUGACUUAAAUCCCUUCUUCCUAAAAUAAGAGUAUCGCUCCACCUCUAACAAUCAAAUCUAAGUAAUAACUGAACUAAACUUUCUCUUCAAGUUAAGAUGGAUAUUGUUAUUUAACGUCUUGAAUUUGGUCAUGCC